UUUGUUGGGUGUCCUGUGGGGCUGGGGACAGCUGUGUGAACUGUUCCUGAGGUUCUUGUCCCAGCUGUUUAGGGGUCCAGGCACAGACACGCCUGCUCAGUCGGGGGAGGCAAGGAAGGGGAAGGUUCAGACAAUGGGGCCUGUUCCAUCCCAUCCCAGUCUAGGCUGGGACCAUCCCUACAACACAGUGAAGUGGCACCAUCCUCAUUUAUGCUUGGGCAGCAAGGGACUCGGUCUUGGCGAGAGUUCCACCUUGAAUAUGGCUUGGAAAAUGCCCUGUUGGGGGGGUAAUUGCAUCGAGACCUGUGGAGGGCUCUGGGUGCAGGUGAGGAAAGAGCCAGGAACAAGACUCAGAUUUGCCAAGUUGCAGUCCAUUUCUUAUGGUUUAAAACAGCCCUUCCUACUGUCAGCCUUAUGUGGGAAGGGCCAUGCCAGGACUGGCUGCAUCCUGGUGGACGUGGGGAUGGCUCGAUGUGAGCUUUUCAGUUGCAGCCACUCAUUAGCAAAAAUAAAAUCAACAACAGAACGUGAGAUUUUUAUUUUCUAUUUAUCCUGGCAGAGAAAAAUGACUUCUUUCUUAGUAACAUCACUGUUUUAUACUCUCCAGAAAUGGGGGAAGUGUAGAUCUGUGCUGGAGGGGUUGUAGAGGCUGAAGUUCAGCACUGAGGAACUCUGAAUGCUGCAGUGGUGACUCAGGCCAGCCUGCUGUCACACGUGUCACCCACCUGGGGCAUGGAUCUGGUGUCACACAUGUCACCCACCAGAGAGCACAGGCCAGGUGUCACACACGCCGCCCACCUGGGUGCACAGAUGCGGAGCGGGGAGGAGGUUGAGCACUGCCAUCCCUCUGGAGGUGGCAUGUGCUUGUCCAUACCUGAAGACAGAAGUAUUUAUAAGCUGGAUUUCUUGAAAAUAAGUCCUUCAUUGCACUCCUUGCUUUAGGGUUUAAUUUAAAACCCCAUCAAGCUGCUUUAGAGCCGCUUUAGAUUUUUCCCAUUUGCUCUAGUGCUGAAGAAAUAAAAUCAACCCGCAGCCUUGGGCCUUCUGCAGCAUUUUGCAGCGGGAGGGGAACCCGAGGGCUGGGGUGCUGCGGGACCCGGGUUCGCCCUCCGUCCCUUCGCUCGUCCCCGUUCCUUGCGCACGGAGGCGCUGCCGGGACCGCUCCGCAGCGUGGGGGCGUGGUCGGCGUGAGGGGGCGUGGCUAUGAUAGAAGCCCCGCCCCUCGCCGACCUUCGCCCGCAUCGGUCGCACCGGGCCGGAGCCGCCGCAGAGGCUGUGGUCAUGUCCUCACCGUGCUAGGCCUGUCCCCCACCACCACAAGGAUGCGUGCCUGGAAGGCAGUGGCCAGCACACUGCUGCUGAGCGGGGCUGAUGUGGUGGUCACCACACUGCUUUAUGCCCACGGCCGGGGUGGCCGGGACAUCCUUCAGGACCUGAAGCACUUCAACAUCUUCAACUCACUGCUGGACAUCUGGGGGGGCUGUCUCUACCGCAGCUGUGUGCUGCUGGGGGCCGCCAUCGGGGUGGCCACCAACACGGCCUAUGGCCCCCGGCGCCUCAAGGCCUCACGGACCUUCAUCGCCGUCGUCUGCCUCCUCAUGGGUAUCUACAUGAUGGUGAAGCUGCUGCUCUACUCUGAGGUGCGGAGGACCAUCAGGGACCCCUGGUUCUGGGGGCUCUUUGCUUGGACCUACGUGGCGUUAGCAGCCACCUUUGGGCUGUGGCAGCUGCUGGCCUGUGUCACGUCUUCCCGUGAGGCACUGGGGCACGGCUCUGAGUCUCGCACUGAGGCAGAGGAGAGCUGUGACGCCCCAAGGGACAAGCGAGAGGAGGCAGCGGGGCCCACCAUCCAUAAGCUGCUGUCCUACACCAAGCCGGAUGCCUUCUUCCUGGGUAUUGCUUCCUUCUUCCUCCUCGUGGCCGCGCUGGGAGAGACCUUCCUGCCCUACUACACAGGGUUGGCCAUCGACGGCAUCGUGGUGCAGAAGAGCAUGGACCGCUUCUCCAUGGCGGUGCUGGUCAUGUCGCUGCUCGCCAUAGGAAGCUCAUUUGCCGCAGGUGUCCGGGGCGGCGUUUUUACGCUCAUAUUUGCGAGACUGAACAUCCGCCUUCGCAACUGCCUCUUCAGGUCGCUGGUGUCUCAAGAGAUGAGUUUCUUUGAUGAGAAUCGCACAGGGGAUGUCAUCUCCCGCCUGACAUCGGACACAACCAUCGUGAGUGACCUGGUCUCCCAGAACAUCAACAUCUUCCUGCGCAACGUGGUGAAGGCCACAGGGGUGAUCUUCUUCAUGUUCAGCCUCUCAUGGAAGCUCUCACUUGUCACCUUCAUGGGCUUCCCCAUCAUCAUGCUGGUGUCUGACAUCUAUGGGAAGUACUACAAGAAGCUCUCCAAGGACGUGCAGAAUGCCCUGGCCAAGGCCAACAACACCGCCGAGGAGACCAUCUCUGCCAUGAAGACCGUCCGCAGCUUUGCCAACGAGGAGGCAGAGGCGAAUGUGUACUGGCAGAAGCUGCAGCAGGUGUACAAACUCAACAAGCGGGAGGCCCUGGCUUAUACCUACUACGUGUGGUCCAGCGGGCUCACCCUCCUGGUGGUCCAGGUCAGCAUUCUGUACUAUGGAGGGCAUCUUGUGAUCUCAGGGCAAAUGACGAGUGGAAACCUGAUAUCCUUCAUUAUUUAUGAGUUCGUCUUAGGAGAUUGCAUGGAGUCUGUGGGCUCUGUCUACAGCGGCCUGAUGCAGGGAGUGGGCGCUGCUGAGAAGGUGUUUGAGUUCAUCGACCGCAAGCCAACAAUGGUCAAUGACGGGUCACUGGCCCCAGACCAUGUGGAUGGGAAGGUGGAGUUCAGAAAUGUGACGUUCUCCUACCGCACUCGUUCUGCAACACAGGUCCUCCAGAACGUGUCCUUCACCCUGCACCCUGGCAAAGUAACGGCACUGGUGGGCCCCUCAGGGAGUGGGAAGAGCUCCUGCGUCAACAUCCUGGAGAACUUCUACCCUCUGCAAGACGGGCAGGUGCUGCUGGAUGGGCGUCCCAUUAACAUGUACGAUCACAAGUACCUGCACUCAGUGAUCUCCCUGGUGAGCCAAGAGCCAGUGCUGUUUGCUCGCUCUAUUGCCGAUAAUAUUUCUUAUGGCUUAGCUUCAGCCUCCUUUGAGUCAGUUGUUCAGGCUGCCCAGAAGGCCAACGCGCACACCUUCAUCACGGAGCUACAGGACGGCUACCACACAGAGGCAGGUGAAAAAGGAGCUCAGCUAUCAGGUGGCCAGAAGCAGAGAGUGGCUAUUGCCAGAGCCUUGAUCCGAACCCCUCCCAUCCUAAUCCUGGAUGAAGCCACGAGUGCACUGGAUGCAGAGAGUGAACAUGCGAUUCAGCAGGCGAUUUACGGCGACUUGCAGAACCACACAGUGCUUGUCAUAGCUCACAGGCUGAGCACUGUCGAGAAGGCACACAACAUCAUUGUGCUGGACAAGGGCCGCGUAGUGCAGCAGGGCUCGCACAAGGAGCUCAUGGAAGAAGGAGGUCUUUAUUCCAAGCUGGUGCAGAGACAGAUCCUGGGGCUCGAGGCGGGUAGCGUGGAUGGCCGCCAGCCCACAGCCCGGGGGGAUUCAGCAAAGGCGCCCAGCGGGCUGGAGGGAGAGUUCAGGAUAGACCAUUCCCUCCCAGCUGCGGCACAGGACGACUGUAACAACACAGCUCAUAAGUGAGAGCAGUGAGGGCUGGCGUUCGAGACGCAUGCUGGGAUGUGGCAGCAGGAGGUGGCUUGCCGACGGGCACCACGCCGCACAGCGUGCCCGUUUAGCUCAUCCUGCGUGCGCCACACACCUGUGCACACACACACAACCACACACUAUAGAGCUUCCUGCAUUACUGCCCAGCGGGCAGAUGCCUGCUGGUUAAACAGGGAAACAAAUCUGGGAGUUGGGUCUUUAGCAAUUCCCAGCAUUUCUACUGGGUUUCUUUUGUUACUACCAGUAAUUCCUCUCAACUGGGACUUUUCUGCCAUUGAUAUGCAUGUGUAACUGCUAUUAACUGUAAUGGAUGUAAAAUGCAUGCAUGGAGGGGAAACUCCCCUCCAGGAAUUUCAGGGGGUGGCUUUUGUAGCCAGAUAGAAAAGCAGUGACUGGAAAAAAGAAGGUCCUGCUCCUGCUGUCAAUCUGUGGGGCCAGUCUGAAGUCUGCAGGGAACUCCCUUUGGCUUCAGUGAAAACUGGAUCACUCUCAUGGGGCUGAACGCCAGGAGAGUUUUGCACUGAGUGCCUGUAGGCUCAGGUUCACAACCAUUGCUGCUGAGCUUGUUUCAUGUAGUAACCAUCCUUUCUGGAAUGAGCCAGGGGACCAGGAGGCAGGUGUUGGCAUUUAGAUUUGCUCUUGGUGCUUGGUGGGUAUUUGGUUUUGUUUUUAAGGAUGAAGAGUUUUACCAUAAUUGGGUUAGGGUGUUUUGUUUUUUUUUUUCUUAAUAUAUUUCCAUGUGCACUACACAAUGUCUGUCUGGCUCCAGCAUCCUCUCAAAUUUAGUCUGUUAUUUCAGUAUUUUUUAUAUCUCACAACCCUGGUGCUGGUUUGAAAAACACUAUUAAGACAGGCAUAAAAUACUAAAAGACAGCACUUUAUAAAUCCCACUAAAGCUCUGAUCAGCUUCAGGCAAUGCUAGUGACUUCACUGCAUGGGAAACCCAUACAGUCACUUUCUUUGAAGUCAGACUUCCUCUGCCUGAAGUUGAAAAUGUGUUUCUUUGAAUACUAUUUAUUUACUUUUCGUAAGAGUGAAAGAAAGAAAGCUGUUGCUCCUAGCCCUUCUGCAUAAUGGCUCUGGCUUUGUAGUCUUAUCCUGCCAUAGAUUAAUGGAGAAACUUAUGCAGGCAGGCAGGUGCUAUUGAAAAAUAGCACUGGAUUUUAUAUGGGAAUGAUUGACUCAGAAUGUGCAUAGUUAAGAAAUGAUCUCAAGCACUUUAGCUCUCAUGUUUUCUGAUAUUUGAAUGCUGCUGUGUUUUUCUUUUUGGCAAUUUUGUUGUUGGUAAUGUUUUGUUUUCGCUCAGUAAUGUUUUACAAACUCUUUAGUGUCCUUGAGGAGGGAUGCUCAAAAGAAAAAUAAAAUACUACCUCUGCCACUAA